ACUGCGGUAAAAUAAUGUCGGUUGCAAUCAAAAAUACUGGAUUUUUUGCUGGAAAAACAGUAUUUAUUACUGGUGCUUCAAGAGGCAUCGGUAAAGAAAUUGCCUUGAAAUUGGCAAAAGACGGAGCCAAUAUUGUGGUAGCAGCGAAGACAGCAACUGCUCAUCCAAAACUACCGGGAACUAUUUAUACUGCGGCAGCCGAAAUUGAGAAGGCAGGAGGUCAUGCUCUUCCAUGCGUCGUAGAUGUUCGUGAUGAGGCAGCAGUAAAAGCUGCAGUUGACGCUGCAGUCAAAAAAUUCGGAGGAAUCGAUAUUCUGAUAAAUAAUGCUUCAGCCAUCUCUCUUACCAACACAGAAGAUACAGACAUGAAACGAUACGAUCUGAUGCACUCAAUCAAUACACGUGGAACCUACCUACUCACAAAAACUUGUCUCCCUUAUUUGAAGAAAGGAAAAAAUCCACAUGUGUUGAAUAUUUCGCCGCCUCUUGAUAUGGAAGCAAAAUGGUUUGGACCUCAUGUUGGGUAUACUAUGGCAAAAUUCGGAAUGUCAAUGUGUGUACUUGGACAUCAUGAAGAAUUCCGUCCAUAUGGAAUUGCAGUGAACGCUUUAUGGCCGUUAACUGCAAUUUGGACAUCUGCAAUGGAGUUUUUAUCUCAUGGAGGAGAUUCUGCAGGAAACAGAAAAGCAUCAAUUAUGGCUGAUUCUGCAUACGCUAUUCUAUCAAAAGACUCGAAAAAGUUCACCGGCAAUUUCCUAAUUGAUGAAGAACUACUACAAACACAAGGGAUCACCAAUUUUGAGCAAUACGAAUGUGUUCCAGGAUCCUCACUUAUUCCAGACUUUUUUGUCCCUGAAAAGUCAUUUGCACCAAGAUUUGGAUCAUCAAAAUUAUAAAGGAAAAUACCAAAUAAUUUUAUAACAAUCGCAAUAAAAAUUGUC